UCACCGCGAGGCUGUGAGGCAAUGUACAUCCCGUCUUCAAACGCAAGACCAUCUGAGUUUCGGGGAAACGGGAUUGCCACACUAACAAACUUAAACUGCGAGGAGUACAAGAAAAUGCAAUUAACCGGCCAGAAAAUCAAAUGUCAAUCACGUAGUGAGUCGCUGAUGGAAACCUGUUGGCUCUCUAACAUUUCAAUGACUUUGAACUUUUGUUUGCGCUUGUUUUCAGUCAGUUGUUGUGCAGCAUUUACAUAUUGAUUGUUGGCAUGACCCAUUUGUUUGGGCCCUCGAGAGCGGCCCACGCCACUUCCACUUUCGUUGACUUUCUUUGUCCAUCGUCGAUCAGUCGCUUAAUCAAAUAAAGCCUCCCUUCUGUGGCCCCCUGGGAUCGCCAAGAUUUCCUAACCAGUUUGGAGCUUCGUUCUCGCCGGUUCGUUCUCGGCUCUGGCUUUCAUAAAAAGUCUUUGGCCAACUUUCUUGGGCUUCAUUCGCGUUUGUCGUCACCAUGAAAGCGGUUCUCUGCGCGAUUUUUGUCACUUUGCUGGCCGCCUUUGGCCACGGAUUGCCUACCCAGUUGGAGGAUGAGAAUCAGGGAUCCUUUGCCGGCCAGGUUUCCCAGCUGAUUGCUCUGCAGCUGCUGAAGUUCAACAAGGACAUCGAUGCCAAUCAGGUGCACUCUCCAUUGGGAGUAGCCUCCAUUCUGGCCGUUUUGGCGGAGGCUUCCGAAGGCGACACCUACUCGGAGUUCCAGCAGGUCUUCGGCUACCCCAAGGAUCGCACCAAGUUGAGGGAUGCCUACAAGAGGAUCCUGGGCAGCUACCAGAACAGAGAUGCUGCUGUGGCCCUGCCCUCCUUCCAGACCUGGUUGUACAUCUACCGGAAUAACAGUGCCCGCGAGGAGUUCAAGGAUCUGCUCGAGAAACACUACUACGUGGAUGUGAAGGAUAUCAGUCGGCAGGAGUACGACUGGAAUGAGCCCAACACCUCGCUGCAGCUAUCGGAGGAGAAGGACAACACAGAUGCCACCGAGGGCAGCACCGAACAAAGCAACAGCAAGGACGUCAUUGGAUUCGAGACUCUGAAGCGAAUUAAGCUGGACGACGAGGACAUCCCAGCCAUACCAGCCGAUGGCUAUGGCCAGGAAAUCAUCGACAAAGAGGCCUCCAAGUUCGAUCGCGACGUGGAUGACAAGCAAUAUGUGGAAAAACCAGUUGCCCAGGCUGAGGCCGAGCUGCUGCAGAAAGAACAGAAGCAGCAGGCGACCACAGAAUCUGAGUUGGAGUCCCAGCCCGAGGAAACGACCACUCUGGCUGUGGAAAAACAGGAAAAACCAGACGUGGCAGCCGAGGAAAAUCCAGCUGAAAAGCAGCAGAACAAGCGCAGCGACCAGGAGGAGAGCCAGAUCAAGAACCUCGAGGAGAACGAGACUGUGCAGGAGGAGGAGAAGCUGGCCAAGAUCAUGGCAGCCACCGCUUUGACCGCCGGUGAACCCGAGAAGGUGCGUCUGCCCCUCCAGAAGCUGGAAAACGCCGUGAAGUCGGCGGCCAAGGAUGGCGCUGAUGAAAUCAUGCUUGCCCUGGAGUCGCAUCUUCCAUCUGUCAGUCGGGUCAAUGGCGCACGUAGCUUGUUCCAGCUGGAUGACAUCACCUCGGCCCUAAGUGCCAACUCCGUUACGGGACGCUCGGCAGGAUCGAAGUCCAAGAUGCUGCUCUUCAACGGACUCUACUACCGCGGAAGCUGGGCCAAUCCCUUCUACCAGCUGCGAGAUGGCAGCGACGAGUUCUUCUUCAUGACCAACGAGGACGCCAUGAAGGCUCCAAUGAUGCAUGCCCGUGGCAAAUUCCAGGUGGCAGAUCUUCCGCAGGUCAAAGCCCGAGUUCUAAGCCUGCCCUACGAAACCUCACGAUAUGCCUUGUGCAUUGUGCUGCCGGAUGAAACUGAGGGACUGAGUGAUGUGAUUUCCCAGCUGCAGACGAGUGACUUCCUGUUGGCCAAGAAGCAGUUCCAAAUGAAGGAGCUGCAUGUGUCGCUGCCCAAGUUCCAAGUGGAGGAGACCUCCCGCUCCGAGGCAAUGCUCAAGCAGAUGGGCCUAAAGAAGGUCUUCUCGAGGAGCGAAGCUCAGUUGGGCUUGCUGUCCGAGGAUCCCGAUGUCCACGUGGAUGAGAUAGUCCAGUUUGUGAAUGUUCGCGUGGACGAGGGUGGCAGCAGUGCCAACUCCUUGUCAGCUGCCACCAUGCAGGCUAGAACUCCCAGCGUGGAGUCCACAGUUCUCCCAGUUCCCGAACCCGAACCCGAACUGCCAGGCGUGGAACGCUUCGAGGUGAAUCGUCCUUUUGCCUACUUCAUUGUCGACUGCCAGGAGCAGUUCGUCCUGGCCUCCGGCAAAAUCUACACGCCCGAGUUUAAGGAGGAUCUGCCCUCAGUUUCCGUCGAAGUGGAGCUGGAGCAGUCUUAGUCUGCUAACUUAGUAACUCAUAAGUUUCGUAACGAAUUUUCACCGAUCCAUGCAAUAAACGUGCACAAUUCAUUUUCCAAAACAAUCACUGAGUUGCAGCAUUUUCCCAGCGCAAUCAAAACAGCAAUUAAUUCACUUACAGAUGAGCAGCAACAACCCCCGUGAAUUCAAUUGUCCGUCCGUAAUGUGAAAUGUAUCUGAGCAGGGCAUCGCUAAUUUUGGAAAUUUGUCUUUUGGGUGACGAGUUGCGGAUUCGAUGCUCCCGAAAAUUCUCAGGGCAUUCGAGCAUGAAGCGCAUCCGUGCCACGUGUCCUGCGAACUCCUCGCCGGAACGAAAGCUGACAGGACU